AUGUCCGAUUUAUUCCGAGGCCGGGCAUCCACCUGGAGCGCCGGUGCUCCCACCUCGGACCACGAAUCCGACGCUCCGCGAGGUUUCGAUUACACAGAUGCGGCAACGGCUACAGCUGCUGCGGCGCUCGCUCUUCGUACCGUCACUGCCUCCACCUCUGCCGCCACUACACCCGCCGACCAGCCACCCAACAACAGUAAUACCGGAGGUGUCGGGGGCUUUCACUACUCCCCGUCCACUGCGGCCGAUAUUGGUUCUCAGGAAUUUUCAUCUCGUCGUCUCGUUGCCGACAAAACUCCCGAAUCAACCACCUCUGACUAUCCGCAAAGCUUUUUCGCUAACACUGCUUCCUCACCGUCCCGUGGCUCGAGAGAAUGGAAUGCGAAUAGUGGCAGUGGUAGUGGUGGUGGCUUUCAGUCCUCAAAUUUCUCAGUUUUGUCCGUCGCCGCUUCAUCACCCUUCGGCCAUCAUGCAGAUGGUGGUGGUGGCCUUCUAACGCCCUGUGGCGGUGGCUAUGGCAGCUCCUCUCCCUACGCUAACGGUUCGUGUCCCCAACCCCAACAACAGCAGCAACCAGGGUUGCAUUCAGGUUCGCCAAGCUCGGUGGGAAGUCAAUUAUCCAUCCCGCAGCCGAGUUUGAUGAGUACACAGGGUGGGAUGGCGCCUGCGGCAACAACAACUGGAGGGGGUGGUUCUGUACCAGCUACCGCUACUACCGGUGGUGGUGGUGGUUCCGCUGCUAAGAGGCCGGCGCGCAGAAAUCCCUGGGGUUCGGAGACCUAUUCGGACCUCAUUGCUAAGGCGAUUGAAUCGUAUCCAGAGAAGCAGGCAACAUUACAACAGAUCUACGACUACAUUUCUACAAACUAUACCUACUUCAGGGAGCGUAGUGAUCCACCUGCCUCAGCUGGAUGGAAAGUGAGUACUGGUUCUUGUGGGUGA